AUGUUUGUCAUCAUCGGCGCCGCGUUCUGCUCCAACAUUUCCGCAACUACUCUCUUCCGCCACAGCAUCCUACACGCGUUUUCCUUCCUCCUCUCCCUUUCCAAGCAACAGACACGAGCCUCGCCGCCCGCGAGCUCGUCCGAGCGCCUCCCACCCCGGAUGCACGCCGUGACAUGGCGGUCCGCGCGAGCUGCCCGUAGAAUUCCCGCCCAGGUCAUCGCCGGCCGACGAUUCCCGCCGCGUCUGAGGACUUUCUACCGUUCCGCCCGCCUCCAGUCUUCCAACGGUUCUCCCAGCGAGCCCCGCGAUCCUUCCACGCCCUCCAUCUCCGCAAAUGACAACGAAAAGUCCCAACCGCCUGCGAAUGCCCCCCUGCCAACUGGCGACAACGCCCAGCAUGACGUCGGCGCCGAGAUAGCAGCCGAGGCAGCUGGGGACUCAGCCGCCCUGCUGGAUGGCAAGACGCGCAAGCCGAGGGAAACGUUGCGUCAGCACAUAUCGAACUUGAAACGCGCGUCUCGAGUAAAGCAGGUCGAGGGUUUUCCUCCCAUCAACAUACCGGAACACUUCUUGAAAAACAAUGUCACAGUCCGCGAGCAAAGGUAUCCCGGCCGGGUUGGCCAGGCCUAUGACUAUGCCGGAAAUCCUAUUGGGAGUGGCCCGCCAAAGCCUGAAACGAAGGGGAACCUCUCCCUCUCUUGGGUGUUUGAGGGCAAGGCAGAUAAGGAGAUAGCAAAACUGGCGUUGCCUCUUCCUGAACAAUUGUACAAAUUGUUGGAAGCCAGAGCGGCGGAGGAUAAUGAUGCGCAGAAGUACCCCCGGUAUGAGGAUAUUCUGGAGUUCGUGGAGAAGAUCUACUCUCGCAAAGCAACGGAGUUUAAUGUCCACGAAGAUACUUUGCCCGACAAGACUCUCCAUUUCUUCGUAUACCUUGAGGUCCUCGCAGCCAUUUCCGGAAGCCUUGCCACUGCCAGACCCGACGUGGGCUCAUCUUUCCCUUCCGCAAAGUCCAAUCUUAUUCUUCACUCCCCCCUGGAAGGCGGCAUCCCACGCCUUGACCAACUUGUUGAGCAUGUGGCUGCUGACCUGCAGGCCGACAUUGUCAAGCUCGACUCCCAGGACAUUGCCGAGCUAGUUGGCGAUUAUCUCGAUGAAGGCUCUGACCCCAACGCAUUCUCCCUUAGAUCCUUGGGUUACGAGGCGUAUCGGAUAAAAUCAGACGGAUUCGAACUGGAAGAAGACGAGUACGAUGAUCACGAGGCGGAAGAAGAGGCGGAAGAUGGACAGGACGAUGCAGCACCUGCCAUUGGCGGUCGUACAUCGCCUGCUCCAAAGGCAAACAAGAAGGGUGGCUUUAUCGUGCAGGGAGUGCAAACCAUGGACAUGAACGACUUUUUGAAGGCUCUGGGCGGGUCUUCACGCACAUCAUCUGGCCGUCAUGCUGCUAUGGGAACCGCUGACUUCACUCCCGCUCCAUUCGGACGAGAUCCUUCACCCGAGACAACGCGGUGGAAUGAUAUGAAGCUUGGCGCCUAUAUUGACGCUUUGCUUGACUCGACGUCUGCCAGGCGCAGGGAUUUUAAGGAUUCUGUGCCAACACGGAAAGAGGAAAACAGUCUGGAGGCUGAGCCUCUCGUCAUUGGGCAAGGAGGCCCAUUUAAAUUAACGCUCAAUAAAAGUUCACAAAACCCUCAGAGCCCUCCUUCACAACGAACAAUUGUUCUUAUCAACGACUACAAGGAACUUACUGCCACCCGGCAAGGAGCACGAGUCUUGGACAAGAUCACUGAGCUAGUCCACAACAGACGGAAAAAUGGAUCCGAGAUUAUGAUCGUUGGCACCACGUCGUCCGCUGAGCUUGUUCCUGAGGUAUCCCGCUCCGCUAUCCGAAGCUUGCAAGCCGAGAAUGAGGACAGUUUCUUCCGGACCAUUGUCGUCCCUCUCGGCACGACGUCACUGAAGCCGUCCAUAGAGGUGCAAAAAAGCUUAAGCGAGAAUAACAAGCUGUCGGAUGACGGACUUCUUCCACCAAAACCCCUGGAUUUCGACACGGCCGAACGCAGGCGAAACGAGGCAAUCAAUAUCAGGCAUAUCCAAGACAUGAUCCGGAAACUGGACCCGGAUGCCCAGAGUAUAAGCUAUAGAGUCGCCCGGCUCCAGUAUUCCGUGCUUUUUCCAGCUGCAGACUGGACGUCAAGGGUGCUUGCAUUCCACGAAGUUCACCGCCUAGUACAGACUGCCAUUGGUCUGCAACGAGCCUCUAGCGAAAACUCGGAACUCAACAAGGACUUGGUGAUUCUGGCUGGAUUGCUGCUACGCAUGAGCGACGACGUCAAGUUCUCCUGGGUUGCGCAAGAACGGCAGAAGCACCGUGAGCCGAAGGAUACGGUCCAAGCUACUGCUAGCAAAGCUCCACCAGUCGAGACUCCCUCCGAGAUCAAGUUGGAGAAGAUCCAGAAGACUGCAAAUAAGCAUGAGAAGAAACUCCUUGCUGGAGUUGUUAAUCCUUCUGGCAUCAAGACCACCUUCUCCGACGUUCACGCCCCAUCAGAGACCAUUGACGCCUUGAAAACCAUGACAUCCCUCUCUCUCCUUCGCCCAGACGCCUUCAAGUACGGUGUCCUUGCAACCGACAAGAUACCCGGUCUGCUCCUUUACGGACCUCCUGGUACCGGCAAAACGCUCCUUGCAAAAGCCGUUGCCAAAGAAAGCGGCGCCACGGUACUCGAGGUCAGUGGUAGCGAGGUGUACGACAUGUACGUCGGCGAGGGCGAAAAGAACGUCCGUGCCAUCUUCUCGCUCGCACGCAAGCUUUCGCCCUGUGUGGUCUUCAUCGACGAAGCCGACGCCAUAUUCGGCAGCCGAUCGGGCUCUCGCCACCGCACAUCGCACCGCGAGGUCCUCAACCAGUUCCUGAAGGAGUGGGACGGCAUGAACGACCUGAGCGUCUUCAUCAUGGUCGCCACGAACCGGCCCUUCGAUAUGGAUGACGCGGUCCUGAGGCGUCUGCCGAGGAGAUUGCUGGUCGACUUGCCGACGCAGAAGGACAGGGAGAGCAUCCUGCGGAUCCACCUGAAAGACGAGCAACUGGAUUCCGGCAUCAAGCUGGACGAGUUGGCGGCGAAAACGCCCUUUUACUCCGGCUCGGAUCUGAAGAACCUGUGCGUCGCCGCCGCGCUGAACUGCGUGCGCGAGGAAAACGAGAUCUACGCCACGGUCGCCGCGAUGGGCGUGGGCAAGGAUGCCGCCGCCGCCGCCGCCGCCGACACGACGUCUCCUGAACCGGCCGCAGCGACCGAGGGAGACGAUGGCAAGGAUGCCACCACCGUCCAGGGACAACAACAGGCCGAGUCCACCACCACCAACCCCACCACUAUCGCCACCGACAACAACAACAACAACCUUGAGACGCCAGCACAAACGAAGCAUAGAAUUCGCGAAAUCCUCCGCACAAAGGGCGAACUGGACGAAGUCGACAGACUGGCUCUUCCUCCCCGUUCCUCUUCUUCUCCCUCCUCCACCCCUUCCACCACCACUACCUCCUCCCCUUACCCAGCCAAGCGGACGCUGCUGCCCCAUCACUUCGACAAGGCGAUGCAGGAGAUCAGCGCCAGCAUCAGCGAGGACAUGGCGACGCUGACGGCCAUCCGCAAGUUCGACGAGCAGUACGGCGACAAGCGCGGCAAGCGCAAGAAGAAGUCUAGCUGGGGCUUCAACGUCGCGGAGGACGUCGGGCCGGGCGAGGAGGCGGCGAGGGUGAGGCCCGCCGCGGCUGCGGCUGCGGCGGGUAUGUCGGGGAGGAGGUGA